AAGCAGCAUCGCGGUGGAGCUGGAAAGGCGACUUCUGGUGGACGGACAGCCUCCUCCUGCAUGUAGGCACAGAGGUCGCAGAGAAGAAACUCACCGCUUCAUGUUACCUCCAUGUAGCUUCUUAGUCGAGUGUGUAGAGCUGCAUUUACUGCAAAUGAUUAAACACGAGGAAAUUAUGACUGAGAACAUCUGGGUGCGGCACACUUCAGAGGAAAAGCUCUCGCUCAGCCGGAGGUCGAACGCAUUUUUGCCUUUUGUAUUUCCUUGCUGAAUGUCGUGGACAUUUUGGAUUUUUUUAAAUGUUCUGUGUCAUAAAUUCGUACCAUUUACGAACCGUUUUGCUGUCGUCAUCGCCUUCGUUUGGUUUUUCCGAGUCACACUUGGAAGGUAAUAGUUUAAAGUGUGCAAACAACUAGGGACGAUAAAGAACUUGAGGGCGGCUCGCUGAGGAGAAUGUGCGCACUGGGCCAGCUUCGAGUUGAUCUUUAAGUGGGCAACGUUAGCUAGCUGCUAACACUAGCCAAACCCUACUGAACUACCGACAAGGAAAUCUGUGGAAGCUAGCUAAUGCCCACUUCUCCAAGUAUUUUUUGGAUAGUAGGACCCUGUCUGUAACCUGGACAUCACCACACGGAACACUGACUCGACGACAAUUUAGAUAAGCAUAUUGUCAUUGGAUCUAUCAUCAACCAUCCACUGGGAUCCAGGCGCUUGAGUCCUAAAUGACAAGUGCCUAAGGAUGUCCAAGCGGAGCUUGUUUGUUCGCCUGGUGCCGUGCCGCUGCUUGCGGGGUGAGGAGGAGACGGUAACAUCGCUAGACUACUCCCACUGCAGCCUGGAGACUGUUCCUAAGGAGAUCUUUAGCUUUGAGAAGACCCUGCAGGAACUCUACCUCGAUGCCAACCAGAUCGAGGAGCUGCCUAAACAACUGUUUAACUGCCAGUUACUUAACCGACUGAGCAUGCCAGAUAAUGACCUAACAGUGUUGCCGGCAGCGAUCGCAAACCUCAUCAAUCUCAGGGAGCUUGAUGUCAGCAAAAACAGUAUCCAGGAGUUUCCAGAAAACAUUAAGAAUUGCAAAGUCCUAGCUAUUGUAGAAGCCAGUGUGAAUCCCAUAUCCAAGCUCCCAGAAGGCUUCACUCAGCUGCUUAGUCUGACGCAGCUCUACCUGAACGAUGCCUUCCUAGAGUUCCUUCCAGCCAGCUUUGGCAGGUUGACCAAACUACAGAUCUUGGAGUUGAGGGAGAACCAGUUAAAGAUGUUGCCAAAAAGCAUGCAGAAGCUCACACAGCUGGAGAGGUUGGACCUGGGGAGUAAUGAGUUCACUGAAGUGCCUGAGGUGUUGGAGCAGCUGACUGGAAUCAAGGAACUGUGGAUGGACGGAAACAGACUGACAUUUUUACCUGGGAUGCUGGGGACGCUAAAAGAACUGGUAUAUCUAGAUGUGUCGAAGAACAACUUGGAGAUGGUGGAUGAACAAAUCUGCGGCUGUGAGAGUCUACAGGACCUGCUGCUGUCCAACAACGCCCUCACACAGCUUCCUGGCUCCAUUGGCUCCCUGAAGAAACUGACUGCACUCAAAGUGGAUGAAAACCAGCUGAUGUACUUACCAGACUCCAUUGGAGGGCUGACAUCAAUAGAUGAGCUGGACUGCAGUUUCAAUGAGAUUGAAGCCUUGCCCUCCUCCGUUGGCCAGUGUACCAGCAUUCGCACAUUUGCUGCAGAUCACAACUUCCUGACCCAGCUUCCCCCUGAGAUGGGCAACUGGAAGAAUGCAACUGUGCUGUUUCUACAUUCCAACAAGCUGGAGUCUUUGCCUGAAGAGAUGGGAGACAUGCAAAGGCUAAAAGUCAUCAAUCUAAGCAAUAACAAGUUGAAGAAUCUUCCCUACAGUUUCACUAAACUGAAUGAGAUGACUGCAAUGUGGCUUUCUGAAAAUCAAUCAAAGCCCCUGAUCCCGCUCCAGAAAGAGGAGGACCCAGAGACUCACAAAACCGUGCUAACCAACUACAUGUUCCCUCAGCAAACCAGGACAGAGGACUACAUUCCUAACUCUGACUCUGAGAGCUUCAAUCCGGCACUCUGGGAGGAACAACGCAAGCACCGAGCUCAGGUGGCCUUUGAGUGUGACGAGGACAAAGAUGAGAGAGAAACACCCCCGAGGGAGGGAAACCUGAAGCGCUACCCCACACCAUACCCAGAUGAGCUGAAGAACAUGGUAAAGACAGCCCAGUCAGUGGCUCACAGGCUGAAGGAAGAUGAAUUGAGUGACGAAACGGGGAAAGAUGCAAAACCAAUUGAGAGAAACCACAUUGGAGUGCAGGACGUGGGAGUUAAGGUGAUAGAGGCCCCCUGUCCCAAUGGUAUGGCAUCAGACAUGGAGCCACAAGUAUCUACUAAUACUUGUGUCCAAAAUCCCUCUGCACUUGAAUCAAAAGACACUUCUGAGUCUUACAGCUCUCAGAAAAUCCCACUCAAAUCUUCAGAGGGCUCUAUGAUGAACCAUGAGGACACACUAGAGGAUUCUGAGGAGCUAUCAGAUGAAGAAGAGGAGAUGAAAAUUGCAGAGAUGAGACCCCCUCUUAUUGAGAUUUCCAUCAACCAGCCUAAAGUAGUGACUUUAAGUAAGGACAAAAAAGAUGAUGGGAAAGACGCAGACUCUUUGCUGGAUGACACAGUGGCCAACAGCAACCAGAACAACAGUAACUGUUCAUCACCAUCACGCAUGUCGGACUCUGUGUCUCUGACCACAGACAGCAGUCAGGACAAUUCUCUGUGCACACCUGAGAGAGAGGCAAAGAUGCCUUUCCUACCAAAAACCCGGCAAGAGGAUGAGAAUAUGAACCAGCCUAAAGACACCACCCCGCUCCUCCAUAAUGGUAAUGGCUCUGAAACGUCCCUUCAGGCUCUUUUGAAAACUCAGCAGACACCGCCAGAGAAAAUGGGAGACUAUGACCUGUCCAUGGAAGCCAGACUGGCUUUCAUUGAGAAGGGAAUAAACAAUGGCAUGGGAGACGCUUACACAAAGUGGGACCAGAUCAACAUGAAUGUGACCAAGCUGCCAACUGACAACAUGGUUCAGCUGGAUGGGUUGGACAAAACCAAGAAUGGUUCAGUAGCCCAGGAGGACUUGGACAGCAAGCAGGGUUAUGGCAAUGACAAUGUGGAUCAUUUACAGAAUGGAAAUCAACAGGCCAGUGACUGCAUCAAUAGUCUGGGAAUCAAAAGCCAGGCGAUGAGCAUGGAGACAUCUGCUAUACAUGUGGCCUCGACAGGCGUGACAGCCAGCAGUGACAUGUCUCUGUCUCGUAGCACAGAGGAACUGUCUCCAGAGAAAAGGUGCCAUCCCCCACAGGUGAUGAAGUCUCACAGCAUCAGCAACAUAGAAACAGGGGGUAUGAAGCUGUACUCCUUCGAUGGGGAUGAUGACUCCUAUGACACAGCAGCAAUGACUAGAAUGGCAGGGGCUGGUCCAGGGCCAGGAACUCAGGGCCAGAGCAUCGUCAGGAGCAAGUCAGCCAGUCAACUACUCAAUGACCAGACUCUCAUGGUUUAUCCCAGCUCCUCUGCAUCUUCUUCAGACCUUCUCUCUUCUUCUAAGCCACCUGCCAGCACCAGCAGAUAUCCAGUCUCCUCCAGCAUGGCCAUGGGAAUCCCUCCUCCCCAGUACAACGUACAAUACACAAGCAGUGCCAUGCCUAAAGACGGCCUCUGGACCCAGAGGACGGCCAUGCCUCCAGAGCACCAAGGCUACCUCCCUCCUCCUCCACACUCACUAGCCAACACCAAUUUCUCAAACCGUAAUCAAGCACCUCCCUACCCUCUGCAGCCACAGCAGAGGGGGCCUUCCAUGGCUCCCAAACCUUCAGGGGAUAUGUGGGCGAAGGAGAGACUUCACACUACUGGUGGCCAGCAUCGAAGCAGCACUCUGCAGAGGCAAAGCAGCACCGCCUCCACAGCAUCCAUGGGUGACCCGAGACGCAUACAGGUGCCCGACGGGGAAUACAUGACAUACAGGGACAUUCACACCCUCGCCAGGGGGCCACUGGCAAUGAGCCAGGCCAUGCAGAGGCCCCUGUCCGCUCGCACUUACAGCAUUGACGUCCCUGGAGUCUCCAGGCCUGUGAGUGGCAGGCCACAGCCACACGAGCUUCCAGAAAGGACCAUGUCUGUCAGUGACUUCAAUUACCAGCACAGCAGCCCCAGCAAGAGGCCCAACACCAGGGUGAAGUCUGAGCACUCGCUCCUGGACGGGCCGGGACAGGUGCCAGGAGGAGUGGGAGCAGGAAGGGUGCCAACAGACUGGAGAGACCAGGUGAUGCGGCACAUCGAGGCCAAGAAAAUGGAAAAGAAUGCACUGUCUCGCUCCUAUAAUUCCAAUACCACUCCACUGAGCUGGUCUCACUACGGCAGCUGUAGGGAUAUGCAUGCCAGCCAAGGGUCCCUGGUCUUUAGUGCCAGGGAGGGACAGCCCUACGGAGCUCUGGGCUUCUGUGAUGAUGCUUUUGCUCCCCAAGGACUGCAAAGCUACACUCUGGACCCCCACAGAAAAGUGCCUUUGAUGAAUGGUCAGAUGGGCCCGUCUGUUCGUCCUCAGAUGAGCCAGGCAUCCAUGGCCCGUCACCCGUCUAGAGAGCAGCUCAUUGAUUACCUGAUGCUCAAAGUCUCCCAGCAGCCCCCGGGGCCUCCACGCGUUCCACACGACAGUCUGCAGCAGGAGAUCCGUGUGAAAGUGGAGAAGAAUCCAGAGCUGGGUUUCAGUAUAUCAGGAGGAGUGGGAGGCCGGGGAAAUCCCUUUCGACCCGAUGAUAAUGGUAUAUUUGUGACAAGGGUUCAACCUGAAGGACCAGCAUCCAAGAUUCUUCAGCCUGGGGAUAAAAUUAUCCAGGCGAAUGGAUACAGCUUUGUGAAUAUCGAUCAUGGGAAUGCAGUGUCCCUCCUGAAGACAUUUCCAAACACUGUGGAUUUGACUAUCAUAAGAGAAAUGCAAGCGUAGACUCAACUGAAACUGACCUCCAAGAGGGCGAGGAGAGGAGGGGCACAUGAGAGACGAACAGAGAAAUUUAUGGUGACUGUCAUAUUUUUAUACACAGAGAGACUGAUCUGUUGAUACAUGUUGGGACUAUUUAUAGUAAGAGAUCUCCAGAGGUCUUCAUAGCCUUGAUUAAACGGGGAAAACCACUGAAUGUAGUGGAUCGAAGUGAGACAGCAGCAAACAUCUACAAGUAUGUGUCCUCAAAAGGCCAUCACUGUGGUAUAUAUAUAUAUAUAUAUUUUUUUAUACAAAAGAAGCUGAAGAUAUGACGUGCUUUGAAGCAAAUAACGUACUGUGGUCUCUGUACAGAUCAUCCUUUUUCUUUAUUUAGUCCAAAACACAUCAACUCAUCUAUCAUGAAUUAGGUUUUAUUUGCGCAGAUGGACAUGAAUCUGACCACUAGGGGGCAGGGCUCCCUCUCUGUCAUCCAGUUUGCCUUUCUUUCUUUUCUUUUUUUUUGUUUUGGAACUUUUUAUUUAAGAAGUUGAAAGCAUCUUUUUUUUUUUUGUCUGCCGUGCGAUCUUAUCUGGAGGACAGUGUUAAGUGCUUGUCAUGUGGAGACGAAAGUAGAUCAAGGAGGAGUUUGGAGUUUGUUUUUUGGAGAGAUUUUUUUCCCCCUCUCCUCUGGUAAGAUGGAAGAGUCAAGAAGAAGAAGUCGUCCGCCCCUGCUUCCAUAAACCUACCAACAUCCUCCAGCUUACAGACUGUUCUGUCGUCAGUUCAUCCCAGAUGUUGGCGUAUCACAUCACCAGACCUGUACACACCUUUGCAAUAUAAAUGGAUCACAGUUUCUCAGAAGAAAUGCACUCUGCAUGUGGUCAUAUAAUGAGACAGGAAAACAGAAUCUAAAGUCACAUUUUGGGAGAGUAUGAGAUGUAGUUUGUGUUUGCUCAGCCUUAUUCUCUUUUGCCGAUUUUUACCCUUUUGUUUCAAGUCUAAAGUAAAAGUUGAACGUUUUGGGAAAUGUGCAUAUUUGCACUAAGGCAGAGUGUUUUAUAGAAGGGCUGAGACCAGAGGGACAAGAGCCGUGUCUCCCCAGUUUUAGUCUUUGAGGUAAACUUAAGCUAGCAAAUAUCUGUAUUUCCACACAGAUUGAUGUGGAGGUUAUGCUAGUUAACCAAAGCAAGUUCAGCAAUUGUGAAUAGAAAGUAAAAGCAGGCGAUAAUUUGAGAAAGAUUUCUGAAUGAGGUCGAUGUUUCACUCGUGUUUUUAUUUUCAAGGGCUUCUUCAUUCAGGCAGCCAUAGGUGAGAUGAGUGGGUUUCAACAAUGUGGCAGUUUUUUGUUUUUGUUUUUUUUAACAUGGGAGAAGACCACAGGUUGCCUUUUGUGUCAAUGAAAAUGUUUUAUCAUGCUUUUUACACAUCACUUUGGAGCAAUCCCUUUUUUGUGUGUUUCAUUGCUGUACAGAGAAUAGAGUUGGGAGAAGCAAGUUGUCAAGUGCCAUAGACCUUGAACUGUUUGAACAGGGGAGGACCUUAGACCCCAGAACCCAAGCAAUAUUCCUAUAUUCACAACCUUCUGAGUACAUCUGAGUACACAUUUGCAGCAUAAUGGCUUAAAAGCAAUAUUCAAAGCCUUUAUUUUCAUUCACAAAAUAUCAUUUUUUUGAAGCAAAACACAACCUUUUAGUAAUCCCUGAUGAUUUUACAUGAUUUUUAUAUUGUGAAAAGAGUCUCUUUUUUUGUAACGAAGCGGCACGGGAAUAUAUAUGGUAGUGCUUAAAACAAAACAAAAAAAAGAUAUCUCUGCAUUGUGUAAAGGUUUGUCACUUUGCCUGAGACUUUUUACUGUGUUGUGGAGAAUACAGUCUCUCCUGAUGCUCACGUGUGAAAUAAUCAACUGUCGACUAAAACUAAUCCAGUUAAAGCUGCGUUUUAAAAGUACUGCGUCAGAAGGACAACUGUGGUUUUUUUAAGGUGGUGUCAUCAAGUUUUAAUUCUUCAGCCUGUUAAUAUUUAUUCAAUGGUACAGUGAUUAAUUAUUCAGUGAGACGUGUUUCCAAAAGAAGUGGAAAUGAUAAAAUUCUCAUGAUAAGUUAUGGCCCCAUAAUUUCCAGCAUUACAUUUGUGACCACUGAAUUUUUUGUACGAUAUAUAUUAGCAUUUUAAUCCUACAGUGUUUUAACAAAUAGCAUUCCUCAACAUGUUGACAGUAGAUGGUGUCGUUUGCUGUACUCUUCUUGUAUGUAACAAAGUUUGAUCUGUAUUUUAUGCUCAUGGCACUGGCAAACCAAAAUGAAAACACUGUGGACAUGAACUAAAUUUUUAUCCCUUUAAUAAUAACGAUGAUGAUAAUAGUUAUGCUGCUUAAAGGUAGCAGUUCUAAAUGAAGUUGUACCAUUCAGUUUUUAAACUCAUUCUAAUGUUUUACAGGCAAAUGACAACAUAUGUGCAUUUCCAAAAAAAAAAAAUAAAAAAUCACACAGCAUAUUGUAUUUUACACAGAUGAAAUUGUUGAUUGUAUUUGUUUUAAUUUUGUUGGUGAUUUUUGUUGACUUUUAAAACUAGGGGGAAGAAUUUCUGGGCUAAUGGUCACUUUAUAUUCAUGGCAAAUUUAAAAAAGUCUGAAAUUGUAGACAAUCUAGGGAGAUAAAAUAUGUUUUCACACUUUCUUCAUCCAUGUUGGUUUGUUUCUUAAGCUCCCAUAUUGUUCUUAUUUAUUUAGCAGUCUUCUGUGGAAUUUUAGACCUUACUAAUCAAUCUGUAAAUACUCCAAAACAUUUGAGAAAAGAGUUAAUAAUGGCAUUAGUGACUUGCGAUUGUAAAACCAGCAAUAAAUUGCAAUGCAGAGGCACCCAUUUUAAUGUAUAGCUAGUAUUUCUAAGGUUUCUCUGGAAACAGUCACAGUGAGAUGAUGAUUGAUAUGCAUUUAUCCAACAUUCCAGAUUUUGUACAUAAUUACCUGAUUCUGAAGUAACCUGUGGAAAAUAAACUAAUGCUGUUUAACACUGA